AUAUGUUCUGCGAUUUCAAUGGCAAGAAGUACAGCCCGGGAGAGAGCUGGCACCCCUAUCUGGAGCCUCAGGGGCUGAUGUACUGCAUCCGCUGCACCUGCUCUGAGAACGCCAACAUGAGGUGCUACCGGAUCCAGUGCCCGGCUCUGCAGUGCGCCAGCCCCGUCACGGACCCCCAGCAGUGCUGCCCGCGGUGUGUCGAGCCAAACUCACCUUCUGGCCUGCGGGCGCCUGUGAAGUCCUGCCAGUACAACGGGACAACGUACCAGCAAGGCGAGAUGUUCACCACGAGCGAGCUCUUUCCCAGCCGCCAGCCCAACCAGUGUGUGCAGUGCAGCUGCUCCGAAGGACAGAUAUACUGCGGCUUGGUGACCUGCCCUGAGCUGUUGUGCUCCUCUCCCCUAACCGUGCCAGAUUCCUGCUGCCAGGUCUGCAAAGAUGGCUCAUACGAGAAGUCCACGGAAGAGGAACCCCUGCAGUUAAACAGAGGUGUUAGGCACUCGCAAGACCAGUGCUCAGGGGAAGCAAUGGGCAGGAAGCCGCUCGGAGCCACUGCGUCCACCAUUCUCAGUUCCUCCCUGGAGUUCAUUCCCAGGAGCUUCAAACCCAAGGGAGGAGGUGGCACCACCGUCAAGAUCGUCUUGAAAGAGAAGCACAAGAAAGCUUGUGUUUACAACGGGAAGACCUACUCCCACGGGGAAGUGUGGCACCCUGUGUUACGGCUCUACGGCCUCCUGCCCUGCAUCCUGUGCACUUGCAGGGAUGGCGUCCAGGACUGCCAGAAGAUCACAUGCCCCAAGGAGUAUCCAUGUGACUAUCCGGAGAAAGUAGAUGGGAAAUGCUGUAAAAUAUGUCCAGAAGCCAGAGUGAAACCCACCGAUGAAAUAAUCACCACCCGAUGUGGCAAGAACCCCAACCGCGUCCUGGUGUACAUGUUUGUGCCGUCGAGCUCGGAGACCUCCAAGGAGAUCCUCAGGACUAUCGCGAUCGAGAAGGAGCCAUCAGAAGAAGUGGAAAUCUACAACUGGAAGCUGAUUAAAGGGAUAUUUCAUCUGAUACAGACCAAGAAGAUCAGCAAGCAGGAAUUCAAGCAAGAAGCACAGAACUUCAGGCUGAUCACCAGGACGAAUGAAGGUCACUGGAAUGUCUUCCGAGCCCAAACCUCAGACCUGAAGAUGACAGAGAGUCCAGAGAAAGAAACAAAGAACUUGUAAAGAAAAAUCGUUCAGCUUGCUUUUGAUUUAUCUACACACACACCCACACACACACACACGUAUAUAUGAAAAAAUUGCAUUAUUAAAUAGACUGGCACAGCUGUAAAAGGAAAAACACACCAGUGUAAAUUACAGAAACUCAAGCAAACAAACCAAAUUGAAACACCACCACCAUAUCCGGGUCUAAAUAUGGCUGCAGCCACGGACGUGACACCCUUGGGAGCACUCCAGCAGACGUGUGGAAGAGGCUGUUUGUUGUCUUCUGCCAUCAAAGAUUUCAGGUGUGCAAUGAAAGGAAGAAGAGACAAGAGAGUGAUGUGAGGCCUGCUGCAAUCCCCAGCAUUUCUGAAGAGCAUCAGGAGCUAACAGCAAAGCAAGACAGGACCAUCCUUUCUUCCAGUGCCAGCUUAAAGACAACCUCAAGGAGAGAAAGUCAUCUCAGUUUCCUCUCUUGGAGCCCCUGUGAUCUGCAGAGGGUUUCUUUUGCAGAAAGUCCCUUCAAAAGGUACUUCUCCAAAAAUCUCAGGUCUUCUCUCCUCUGUUUUAGCUGGUAGAAUACUUGGAGGAUUGGAGGACUAGAGAUGCUUUAAUACUGCAAGAUAAGUGGGCCCCAAUUCAGCCAGGACUUAGGCCUGGUCAGACUUAAAUUCUGUGAGUCAUCAUGCCUCUGUCUGUAGAAAUCUUUAUUUUCUCCAGGUUCAUGAUAUGCUUCAACCCCUGGCUGGACUGGAGCCCUAAACAGCACCAGUGGAGGAGGAAGAGGAGUUUUAUUUCAGGAGAUUCCCAUGUCUGACUUUGUAUUUUCUACUUACCAGUUCUUUAAAUCGAAUUCCCAGCCACUGGGAAAGGAAAUAUGUCUCCCUCGAUAGAAGACUGAAAGUCUUUUUUCUCCUGGUCAGCAGAUGACCUCUCAGCUUUGUUCUCCAGCUUUCACAUCAGGAAGAGCAAGAUCUGACCUUCCUGCUGGGGAGAAAAGGAACGAAGCACAAAAAAUCCUGGAAACCAAACUGCUAGCGGAGACCUCUAUGCCUUCUUUCUACAUCCCGCGGAGGCAAAGCACAGAACCAGCGGGAGGUUUUAGGGCUCUUUUCCUUCUUUGCAGGUCACUUGAAGAUGCACUUUUUGAGAGGACAGAUUUAGCCUCUGAAACCCAUUGCGUCAGCGCGGAGAGAGAAGCGAUGCAGGAGGUCCCAUGGCCCCUGGCUUUCCCUCUGACACCUCUGCCCCGGGCUGGACCUGGCUGAAGCUGUCCAUGGUCAACCCCGUAAUUUCCUCUCCCUUCAGCUCCACUUUCCCUUCCCAGCUAGAACCGCACUUCCUUUGGGCUGUGUUUCAAGGGCAGCGUUUGGGCACCACAACGUCACCUCGUUGCUCCUGACUCCCCUUCCCCACCUGGCAGAGUGCCCUGCUGCUGCUGGAGAGGAGAAAGGGGCUUGGGGAGGUGAUGUUGCCCUGUCACUGUGGUGGGAGGAUGCUGAAGGGGAAAAAAUGCAGUGUUGACCACCGCCACGGCUGCUUUUGGCUGUGCUUUGCUCCUGCAACGACAUCCUGGGCUCUGCUGGUCACCUUCAAGUGGUGAUGCUGCUGCUGGGCUCUUGGGGACACCUCCCGGUGCCAUUGUCACUGCGGCCAUCAGAGGUGAACGGCAGCCAGGACUGGUCCCAGGAAGGGAGCCAGGGCCACUCUGUCCUCCCCAACCUCCAUUUCCUUCUCCACAUUAUGAGGCCUGGGGCUCCCUGAUGUGCUCUUAGCCUUUGGUGGCAGACACGAAACAAAGUCCCUGCAAGCCCAGGGAGGUCCCCAGCGCACUGUUGGGGUGUCACAGCCCGUCCGGGGGUUGGCACGCAGCCAUACGCCUGAACCCACACACCACCCCUUCCCACCGCCCAAGGACAGCCGGGGCAAACGCUACGGUUGUCCUCAACUCCAGUACAAUUUUACUUUAAUUUAUACCCCAGAGAAGGAUUUAUAUACCGACCUAUCCACCAAUUCCGCUCCUGGCAAAUUCAGCAGCAAAACGGCUGCUCGUUUCAGGGCUGGGGCACCCAGCUGGGACUGGGGGAUGAAAUCCUGCCCUGAUCACUGGUGUCACCCCGAUCAGAUAGCCAUCGUCCCCGGGGCUCCCCGUGCAAGUUACCGCCCCUCACGGGAGGCUCCGUCUCCUUGCCGUGGUAGUCUGCAAAAUGUAACCUCCGGCGCUAGCAGCUAGCUGGGUCUGAGACCCCCAAACUGCACUAAGGUAGCUAUUAAGCAUGUUGUUAUGCUAUAUAUUUAUAUAUAUCCUACAUAAUAUCUACUGUGCUGUAUUCACAAGAGGGGUAUCUCCCAAAGGGCAAACAGGACCAUUUCUGCAGCAAUGGGGAGGAGGGCGUGCAGCAGCACGGCCGUCACCCAGACUGGAAACAGCUUUGGGGGAUUUUCAGGUUGUUUUGGUACAUGUGUUUAUCCCCGGUUUCUUGUUUUAUUCUGUUUUGAUAAAUCUAUUUAUUUGGAGAUCCAGAUCUGUCUGAUAAAUCUGAUUAAAAUAUCUUCUCAGUU